CUAUCAUUGUAUAGCACAUGAAUUACAUAACUUAUAUACAAGAAGGCGUUAAUUUGCUUUUCACUGAUAAUGUUUCUAAAUAUAUUGGUGACAGUGUUCAUUUGUGAUCGUUGCGCGAUCUCUCGUUUACAAUAAUCCUAACAAAUAUGAAAAUUCGUCUGUAGCCAGUGACGGGUUUGUGGUUAACUGUUGUAGUUGAAGGUGAUAAACACACAGGAGACCCAGUAGUUGUUUGUUAAAUAAAAGUGUAAUAUUGUUUCUUGUGUAGAGUGACUUACAUACCUUCUUGAAGGUUAUUUAAUUUUACAUCAAUGUCAUCUGACAGAGAUGCAAUGUACUAUCCACCGCCCCCUCCACCCCCACCACCUGUCCUGCCCUUACUGUUUAAUGAUUUACCUCAGUUUUCCUCAGCAUGUACCCUCAUCCCUUUGCAUGCCAGUUGUACAGUUGUGAAUGUACUGCCUUGUACUUGUCGGCGAAACCCUGAACAGGAGCUCCUUGAUACCCGGAACAGGCUGUGGCAGUAUGAAGGUACACAGGACCCACCACACAUAUCUUAUUAUAGAUACAUUGAACCAGUUCUGCAAGAUGGACCAAAAUGUGGCUUGGUGGCUCUGAGUAUGGCCUCAUCCUGCACACCACAUCCUCUAUCUGUGGAGGAGCUGUUUCAGGAAGCUCAAGCACAUGGCUUUACGAACCAUGGUGAAAUGUUCUCAGUGGAUGACAUGGCUACGCUAGCACGGGAAAUGUUUCAGCACAGUUGCCGUGAGGUGGAAGUUCUGCCUGGUGGUCUAGGACAAGAUAAGGAGUAUGUAAUUCAGCAGCUGACAUUGGGUGGCGUCCUUCUUAUACCCUAUGAUGCAGAUUCCAACCAUUCUCCAUGUUGCCGGCGUGGCCACAAGGCUCACUGGGCUGUGAUAUCGGGAGUGAUCGUGUCUGCUACAGCACAACGUACCUGCCAUCUCCUGGCACGGCAAGGGAAAAGUCGCCACCUUGCCGUGUGGUCAUAUGACGAUUUGCAGCGUAGCAAUGAGAAUCUUGUAGAGUUGGACCCAGGCAGAGCUUCGGAUGGUAGAGUGUAUGUGCUGCCACCUGGUGGAGUGGCUGCAGGGCUGGGUGGUAGAGCCAUCCUACUCCACGAUCUUGGAGGAGAUCACUGUGCCAUAUCGGCCUCCUUGUGAAAGAAAUGACAAGGUAUGUGGCACAGUCUACUGAGGCCAGAGGCAGGACUUAAUGAAACAACUGCUCCAGAUGAACAGGAAGGUAAUUCUGAGAGUGCAAGGUGAGGUGCACGGGAGGGACAUAUGUCGGUUGGAAAGUGAAACCAGUUUUGUAUUUUAUUAGAAAGUGACUUGCUAGUCCAGUCCAGAAUAUUAUUUUCUGCCCUUUCUUGAAGUGGAGAAGAUGAGGUGCUAAUAUAUAAAUGUAUUUUAAGAUUAUGUGACAAUUUCUGCACAAUAUAAUUGCAGAAUUAGACACCAAUAAAUACAGAUUGCUAGCAUGUCCAUGUCCAUCACACUGUAAAAGGAUGACUGUAAAAAUAGAAGUUAUACCAUGUCCUUGUAGCAGACAUACCAAAGAAGUGAACCCUUGUUGGCUGUGUCUUGCACUGCUGUGACAGCAUGUGCCUGGUCCACCUGGCUGUGCCCUACAUUAUUUCAAUACUACUACUGUUACCCCUGAGUUAAACUAUGGCUCCCAGCCUCAGAGAACUGGGGGUUUUAAAAUCUGCUAUUCCAAGAUGAUAAAGGUUAGGGAGCAGGGAUAAAAGAAGCCGGUUCAAGUUCCAAGCAUGCCUUUUAAAAGGUACAACUCAUGUUUUUGUUAAUUGUGUCUUUGGGAUUUCAGCAAUAGGAAGUUAAUAAAUACUGUUUAUCUGUGAUAAAAAUGAGCAGCAACUUGAUGGAUUAGGUUGUUCAUUCUGUUGCAAGCCUUAGAUUAAACUGAGUCCUUCCAACACUGUUUAGACCUUCCUAUUGGUUCGUAGUCUCAAAUUCCAUAUGAUAUUCAGUCUGAGUCCAUUAUUACAACAUAUUAUACCAAUCCAUUCUGUACUAUGCAGUAGUUCCAAUGAUAUGCUUUGAUGCCAAGCAUGUUAACAGUCUUAAUAAUUUCAUAUCUGAGGCCCCAGUCCUUCUCUCUGUUGUGCUCUCAGUCCUCCUGGUUCAGAUCCCUGUAAUAGAGUUUUCUUUUUUAUUGCUGGUGGGGUGGGACUAAGUCCCUUGUACUGUGGCCACUUCUGGCCUAUUGU